CUUGCAGACAAUAUAUGGAAACACACCAAACCGAAGAGACAAACAUGACAUCCCAAGGCAGAGUAGAGUAACAUACAUUCAUAUGCCACGACCAUAGCUCCACUUUGACCACGAUUGACUAAUAACCAGCCCUGAAAGUAACCCCACAGGGGAGGGAUCACCACCAAUACAUUCCUCCUCCUAUCUGAAAAUUUCAAACCAUCCCCAAAGCCCCUAUAAAUCCUCCCAUUUGCCCAGCAACCAGAGCAAACACUCUGCAGACACCUGUCUCCUCCUCCCCUCACACCUCCUCCAGCACCACUUAAGCCAAAGCAACCCGAGCGCACAUGGAGCUCCACUUCCAGGUGCAGCCGCCGGUGCUCCAGCUGCAGGACUACUGCUACUACUACCAGCAGCAGCAGGAGGCCGCCGCCGCCGCCGCGCAGGCCAAGCCCACCAAGCCGCGGGGCCGGAAGAAGGGCAGCACCAGCCACAGCAAGUUCGUCGGCGUCCGCCAGCGCCCCUCGGGCCGCUGGGUGGCCGAGAUCAAGGACACCACCCAGAAGAUCCGCAUGUGGCUCGGCACCUUCGAGACGGCCGACGCCGCCGCCCGCGCCUACGACGAGGCCGCCCGCCUCCUCCGCGGCGCCGAGGCGCGCACCAACUUCGCCCCGCGCAUCUCCCCGGACUGCCCGCUCGCCGUCCGCAUCCGGGGCCUCCUCCACCACAAGAAGCUCAAGAAGGCCAGGCUGCCCGCCGCGUCCGCCAAGAUCCCCGGCCCCUCCUCCACGCCCGCCGCUCCCGCCGCAUACGCCACAAGCAAUAGCAACAGCAACAGUAAUAGCAUGGAUGGCGCUUGUGGGGGCGCCAGCAGCAGCAGCAGCAGCAGCAGCAGCGCGGUCAGCUGCGACGGCGCCACGAAGCAAGGCGGCGGGGCGCCGGACGCCGGGGAGGUGUACAGGCCGGACUUGGCUGCUCCCGUCGCCGGUGCCGAGGAGCUGGAGUCUUGGAUGUUCGAGUCGUCGUUCGGCCAGUUCCCGGCGCUGGACGGGUUCGCCGCCGUCGACGCCUGCACGCUACCAGCCGCGUCCCCGGAGGAGACCAGCGUCGCCCCCGCGGCCGGGAUGGUGGAGUUCGAGCGGAUGAAGGUGGAGCGGCGGAUCUCGGCGUCCCUGUACGCCAUGAACGGCCUGCAGGAGUACUUCGACAGGGUGUUCGAGGCGUCCGCCGGCGACCCGCUGUGGGAUCUCUCGCCGCUCUGCCAGUAGCCUGGCUUCUUCCUCGCCCCGUCGCCGUCGUCGCCGUCGUUCUUGCUCUUUUGCCUCCUGGGUGUUGGGGGAAAAGGCCCCGGGUGUAUGUGUGUACGCAUGUCAACUUGGUUUUUGGGUUUCGCCAGGCAGUGCAGUGUAAAGAGGAAGGGGGUUUCUAGAUUCCAAA